AUGUCUCAACAACAAUCUCCCGCGGCCAAUCUUGCAAAUGACCAAAAGACAGUCCUGCGAUUCGGACUGUCAAGCAUGCUUGUGUUUGGUUUGAUUUGGUAUCUGUUGUGUUUUCAUUCCAAUUUUCUCUCCGAUAUCCUUUUAGUACCUUCAUCAUCUUCUCCAGAUCAAAUUGAUCUCGCUACAAGAUUAGCCUUUGCAAGCAAAUGUUUAUUUUGUUGCGUGUUAAUCUUUCCUAUUAUUAUUCACUCUAUUUCUUCCAAAAGAUUUGGUAAUGAAACCAUCAAUCCACUUUUAUUGGAACAAUUAUCUCAAAACAAUUCUACCAAAAUCAGUGAUGAUUUAAGAAAGAAAUUUGAGCAUAUUCAAAUUUGGCAAAGAAUAUUACAAAAUAGCAUGGAGCAAUUCUUAAUGUUUGCUGUGAAUAUUGUGGUAUUGUCACUGUAUUUGGAAAGAAGAAAUAUGAGAGUUUUAAUAUUUGCGAGUGCUACUUUUAUUAUUAGUAGAAUAUUGUUUGCAAUUGGAUAUUUAAAACAUUAUGCAUUGAGAGCUCUUGGUUUCUCUGUUGGAAUGAUGAUGAAUGUGAUCUUGAGUGUUAGUGUCGGUUAUUUACUGAUCACACGUGAUGUGUUACCAUAUUUUUCAAAUUAA